AUGGCGGAAGCCGCAGUCCCCAAUGACGUUCCAAAGGACGCUGUUUCUGCGACCAUUGACUUGCUUAAGCCGCAGGAAUCCCAAGACAAGACGCUCAAGAUCGAAAACACCGAAAAGCGAGAUACUUUGAUCGAGGCCGAGAAGCGCUACCAGAAGUUGUGGGAAGAGCAGGGGGUCUUUCAGCCUGAUGCACCGUCCCUGGAGGAAGUCCCUUUCGACACCAGCCCGGAGGACCUGCGCGCAAAGCACCCAAAAUGGUUUGGUAACUUCGCCUACCCAUACAUGAAUGGAACUCUUCACGCCGGUCAUGGCUUUACGGCGUCCAAAGUCGAGUUCACUGCGGGUUUUCAGAGGAUGACCGGCAAACGGACUCUGUUUCCUCUUGGCUACCACGUGACUGGUAUGCCCAUUAAAGCAUGCGCAGACAAACUCGUCAGGGAGGUCGAGCAGUUCGGACAGAACUUUGAACGAUGCCCUACUGAAGAUGUCAUCGACGGCGGUCUACAGGAACCACCCGCGCCUACACAGGCCGAGGCCAAGACUGACCUGACAAAGUUCAAGGCUACCAAGGGCAAAGCUGCUGCCAAGACUGUCAAGACCAAGUACCAGUUCCAGAUUAUGCUGGCACAGGGUAUUCCUGUCGAGGAUAUCCACAAAUUCGCCGACCCAUACCACUGGAUCCAGUUCUUCCCGCCGCUGGCCAAACGUGACCUUACAAACUUUGGUGCUAGGAUAGACUGGCGACGACAGUUCGUCACCACCGAUGCUAAUCCCUACUACGACUCCUUCGUAGCGUGGCAGAUGCGCAAGCUCAAGGAACUGGGCAAGAUCAUCUUCGCCAAGAGGUACACAAUCUACAGUCCCAAGGAUGGGCAGGCGUGUAUGGAUCACGACAGGCAGUCUGGAGAAGGCGUUGGUGUUCAGGAGUAUACGGCACUCAAGAUGAAGACAAUUCAGUGGUCAGACUCGGCGAAGGCUAUCAUUGAUAACAAGCUCCCAGAAAGCGCUAGCGCGUACUUCAUUCCUGCCACUUUGAGGCCAGAGACUAUGUACGGCCAGACUUCGUGUUUUGUAGGACCAACCAUCGAGUACGGGCUGUUUCAUGUGAAGGACAACGAGUAUUUCGUAUGCAGUCAGCGUGCGGCACGCAAUAUGAGCUACCAGCCUGGCACACCCGGGACAUUCAAGGAGGAAGGCAAGAUCAACCAAAUCGCUAGCUUCAAGGGCAAGGACCUUGUUGGUACUAUUGUCAACGCUCCUCUAUCAGUUCACAAGGAGGUCUACAUCCUACCUAUGGAGACUGUGAAGGACACGAAGGGCACAGCAGUUGUGACCUGCGUGCCCUCUGAUUCGCCUGAUGACUACAUCACAUCUUUUGAUCUGGCAAAGAAGGCAGAGUACUACGGUAUCAAGAAGGAGUGGGUCAAGUUCGACAACAUUCUUCCUAUCAUCGACACUCCUACCUACGGCAAUCUCUGCGCAAAGAAGCUUGUCGAAGACAUGAAGAUCCAGUCUCCCAAAGAUUCUACAAAGCUUGCAGACGCAAAGGAAAAGGCGUACAAGGAGGGCUUCUACAAGGGUACCAUGGUGUAUGGCGAGCAAAAGGGUAAAUCUGUUGAAGAGGCCAAGCCUCUUGUUCGCAAACACCUCAUCGAUGCCGGAGAUGCCUUCCCCUACGCUGAGCCUGAUGGCAAGGUCAUCAGCCGAAGUGGAGAUGACUGUGUUGCUGCUCUGCUUGACCAGUGGUACAUGAACUACGGCACCGCAGAGAACGGCGGAGAUGGCGAAUGGGCUGAGACAGUCCGCGCUCAUAUCGAGAAUGAGCUUAACCUCUACUAUCCUGAGGCGAAGAACCAGUUCUUGCGUGUAGUCGACUGGCUGGGCAAUUGGGCCUGUGCGCGUUCGUACGGUCUCGGAUCGAAGGUGCCUUGGGACGAGGCAGUCAUGGUAGAGUCUCUGUCAGACUCUACCAUUUACCAAGCUUACUACUCUUUCGCUCAUCUCCUCCACAAGGACAUGUUUGGAAAGGAGCCUGGACCUCUCAACAUCAAGCCUGGGCAAUUCACCGAUGAUGUUUGGGACUACGCUUUCGGUCGUCGUGAACGCACCAAUCUUCCAGAGUCAGAUAUCCCCAAAGAGGCCCUCCAGACGCUGAGGCGUCACUUCGACUACUGGUACCCGCUGGACAUGCGUACCAGUGGUAAGGAUUUGAUUCAGAACCACUUGACCUUUAACCUCUACGUGCACACUGCUAUUUUCCCCCGGGAGAACUGGCCGCGAAGCUUCCGCGUGAACGGCCACCUGCUCCUGAACGGUGACAAGAUGAGCAAGUCGACUGGUAACUUCCUCACAAUCGCCGGUGCUGUAGAGAAGUUUGGUGCCGACGCUACACGCCUAGCCCUUGCUGAUGCAGGAGACGACAUGAACGAUGCCAACUUCGAAGAGACCGUCGCUAACGCUAACAUUCUUAAAAUGUACGAGCUCCGCAAGUGGUGCGAGGAGCUUGUCCGUGAGAAGAUCACCAUCACCGAUGGCUCCAAAUACACAGAGACCAAGGAGAGGGAGCGUGUCAGGAACCCAGACGUCAUCCAGCGCCAAAGUGGAAGCGAGCACAUCCUCCUCGAUGACCUUUUCGACAACGAGAUGAACGCCCUCGUUGCAGAGACAUACGGUCACUACUCCGGUACGAUGUACAAGGCGGCCCUCAAGUCCGGUUACCACGACUUCACUUCCGCUCGUGACUUCUACCGCGAAGCUACCAAGGCCGCCGGUAUCGGUAUGCAUGAGGACCUUGUCAAGAAGUUCAUCGAGCUGCAGGCCCUGAUGAUCGUGCCCAUUGCAUCUCACUGGGCCGAACACAUCUGGCUCGAGGUCCUCAAAAAGCCCGAGACCAUCCAAAAAGCGCAGUGGCCUAAGGUCCCCGAGGCCAAUGCCAGGCUCUCUGCGGCCCGCGACUUCGUCCGCACAACACAGUCCAACAUCACCUCUGCCGAGGGCGCGGCAGUCAAGCGUCUGAGCAAGGGCAAGGCUGCCAACUUCGACCCCAAGAAGGAGAAGAAGAUUACCAUCUUUGCAGCACAAGAGUGGCCUACUUGGCAGAAGAAGUACAUUCAGAUGAUCCGUGACAACUACCCGAACCUUGACAUCAAGGCCCUCAGCAAGCAGAUCGACAAGUCCGAGUCCAAGAAGGCCAUGCCCUUCAUCAAUGCUUUGAAGCGUCGCCUGGACGCCGGCGAACCUUCCGACGUUGUCCUCAACCGCGAGCUCGCAUUCAACGAGCUUGAUACGUUGCGCUCCAUGGUACCUGGCCUCAAGCAGACGGUGCAGAAGUGUGCUGAUGUUGAGAUCAUCUCUGUUUCUGAUGGCGGAAAGGAGGGUGUGGUGAUCAAGGAGGACGGAAGCAAGGGCGAGCAAAGGAAGGAAUUGCCCCCACAGGCGAGCAGUGCGGAGCCGGGAAGCCCGAGUUUUGCGUUCGAGAACGUCGAGAACCUGGCUGUGAGGUAG